UUUCCAAAAAUGAUAAUAAAUGUUAUACAAAAAAAUAUGAAAAUAUUAUUUUGGUUAUUGUAUUUUGAUUAUUUAGUAAUAUAUUUAUCAAACAAACAAUAUAUACUAUAUAUGAUGAAUUGUUUUAAACUUUAUUUAAAAUUCUUCUUGUGGAAAUUUGUUAGUAUAAAAAUAAAUUGUUAGUACGUCACUUUAAAACAAUUAAUUUUGCAGAAAGGAUUAUAUAAUUUAAAUGUUGUAAUUCAUUUGAAAGAGUCGAGCAUGCAGCCAUAUAUACAAGCGCAACACAUGCACAUUCAUCACAUUUUGAGUGAUCUAAGUAGCGUUCAUAUUUGUUCAACCACUCGGCUUUCUGCGGAAGAGUCGCAGCUACACGCAGAUAUCAAAGGCAUACUGGCGGCUAAGACAAGCUUCGACUUUUUUUUUUUUUGGAUCAAUCUGCGACUUUUCUAAGUUCAUUAUUGCUAAUAAACAACACCACAAGAACAAUAAAAAAAAAUUAGGAAUUGUCGUUAUCCCUACUUAAGAAGAUAACAAAUACAUGCAAAUUAAAGGAAGCUGUAGACGUAGUGUUCAAACUUUUGGAUUUCUUUUUUUUUUUUUUUUUUGAAGAAAUGCUUUUGGAUUCUUUCCGGAGACUUUUACAUUUGUGUUGAUUAAAAAAAAGUGUGUUGAUGUCUGGAAUUAUCUACACCUUAGGCCAGCAUUAUUGCAGGAUAUAAAAAGGUUUCUUAGGUGAAAAAGUGUAAUGGACUCCACUAAUUUUUUAAAAAUCGGUAACAGAAGGCAUGAGUUGAGAACUUGGAUUUUGUGCACUGUUUGCAGGCUCCACCGUGGUGUUCCACAGUUGGUACGAUUUUAAUUUUUUUUUAAUCAGAUAAAAAAAAAUAGAAACCCAAAACGGGGUCCAGCAAUAAUCAUGAUUGAGAAAGAGAUAAGGAAGACCAAGCUGUUUCCAAGUAAACGCAAACUUUCUCCUCGCAUAUACCUUAGAAAACCCGUCUAUGCGUCUUACCAAGUAAACACUCAGGAAAAAAAAGGAACAGGCAGCAUAAACAUGAGAACUUCUUUUCUUUGGAUUCUCUUACCUCUGCUACUUUUGCUGAAUCUUGCAGAUCUCCCCGUUUCCAGAUCAACUUGUCCUAGUCGGUGUGGAGAAAUCGACAUCCCGCACCCAUUUGGAAUCGGGGAGGGCUGCUAUCUCAAUUCAUGGUACGAAAUUAAAUGUGAUCACAUUAAUACCUCUCUUUCAGUUUCAAAAAAAAAAAAAAAAGACAAGGAAGUUGUGAAGAUUACUCCAUAUUCAAUUAGUAUAAAACAUUCAAUAGCUUCAAAGGGAUGUUCAAGCGAUGGAGAAGAAGAGCUUGAAUCACUUUUGAAUUUGACUGGUACCCCUUUUUACUUUGACCAAAGCAAUACACUGAUAGCGGCUGGUUGUGGCAUCACAGCAUCGUUAACAAAUGUCGAACCAGUCGUGGCGGGAUGCAAUUCUAGAAGCGGCAAAAAAAGCCGUACACCUACUCAAGAUUUUCUUGCACUAGACGAGUGUAUUACAACUUAUAGCUCCGACGCCGAGGAUUGUAGAAAAAGGAGCACUGCGGACGAAAAAAGGUGCAGCGGUAUUGGAUGCUGUGCGGCAAACAUCCCUGGUGGACGUCAACAGAUUGUUGGUGUCAGAAUAGAUAGCACCACGACAACGUCAGGAGGGUGCAAAGUUGCCUUCUUAACAGACGAGGACUACCUUUUGUCAAAUGGUUCUGAUGCUCAAAGGAUUCAUUCUAAAGGACAUGCUACGGUUUUGCUGGUAUGGCUCAUCAGUACGUCGAAUCCUUCUUUUUUCGACUCUCUGGGAUGCCAUACUAAGAAAGAGUACAGACAAGCAAGACAAAACCCAUUUGCAAUCACUUAUGGAAUAAAUUGUACAUUCGACAAUUAUUCUAGCUUUUCAACCUAUGGAAUAUGUGAAUGCACUGAGGGUUACAGAGGCGACCCAUAUGUUGUUGGCGGAUGCAAAGAUAUUAAUGAAUGCCUAGAAGGAAAAGACGAAAAUGGAAAUCCCGUGCGUUGUACAAACUCAAUUUGUGUCAAUUUGCAGGGAGGCUAUAAUUGUGUUUACGAAAAUCAACGACGGCCAGUAAUUGCAAUAGGGGUUGGUUCGAGUUUUGGGUCAUUGAUCUUUGUUGCUGGAAUAUACUUGGCAUACAGAUUUAUUAGAAAGCAAAGAAGGUUAAACCAAAAGAAGAAGUUUUUCAGACGUAAUGGAGGUUUAUUAUUGCAACAACAACUAACUUCAACGCAAGGCAACAUCGAAAGGACAAGAGUGUUUACUUCAAAGGAGCUGGAAAAGGCAACAGAGAACUUUAGCCUUAACAGAAUACUUGGACAAGGUGGUCAAGGUACCGUGUACAAAGGAAUGCUUGUCGAUGGUAGGAUUGUAGCAGUGAAAAAAUCUAAAGUGGUGGACGAGGACAAGUUGGAAGAGUUCAUCAAUGAAGUUGUCAUCCUUUCGCAGAUCAACCACAGGAACAUCGUGAAAAUCUUGGGAUGUUGCCUUGAGACACAUGUCCCAGUUCUCGUAUACGAGUUUAUUCCUAAUGGUAACCUUUUCGAACAUCUUCAUGAUGAGUUCGGUGAUAAUAUGAUGGCUACUUGGGAAUUGCGUCUCCGCAUUGCUAUAGAUGUUGCAGGAGCUCUCUCAUACUUGCACUCGUCUGCAUCGUUUCCAAUCUAUCACCGAGACGUCAAGUCUACAAAUAUAAUGUUGGAUGAGAAGUAUCGAGCCAAAGUGUCUGAUUUUGGAACUUCAAGAUCGAUAACGGUGGAUCAUACCCACUUAACAACAGUGGUUUCGGGUACGGCGGGCUAUAUGGAUCCUGAGUACUUCCAGUCUAGCCAGUUCACAGACAAAAGUGAUGUUUAUAGCUUCGGCGUGGUCCUCGUGGAGCUUAUCACCGGAGAAAAGCCGUUUUCUUUCUUGCGGUCUCAAGAAAACAGGACGUUGUCAAGUUAUUUCACUCUUGCAAUGAAAGAGGACAAACUCUUUGACAUUAUCGAUGCACGAAUCAGAGAUGGUUGCAACCUGAACCAAGUCACUGCAGCGGCGGAUAUUGCGAGGACGUGUUUGAACAUGAAAAGGAAAAAACGACCAAGCAUGAGAGAAGUGUCCAUGGAAUUAGAGAAAAUCCGUGGGUCGUCUGAAGACAUGCAGUCGCAUGAGUACGUUGACGAAGACAAAGAAGACAAAAACAAAAGAGUUGUGGAAGUUAACAUAGGGGAAAGUUCUUGGACUCACGUGGCUGUCACCGCUCCAGCUUCUCAAAACAGUGUCGCUACAUCGUCGUUGUCAGAUACUGAACCUUUGUUUCCUCAUCAAACUCGGUAGACGCCGUCUACCACCACCGUAGUCUCAUUACUUUCCUUUUAUGUUCUAUUUUGAUGCUUGUGUGUGAGUGAGUCUGAAUGUACUUUUUAUUAAGGUCCCCAAGUUGUGUAAUAAAGGAUCUCGUUUCUCAACUUUCGAGGCAAAUAAUCAACUUUGCGAUGGUUUAUACGCAGUGUUUUGGUUUGGUA